AUGGAUCACAAAUACCCGAAACCAAGAGUUGGUUCACGACUUCCGCGGAUGAAUGUGUCGACCGGUGCUCCGAGUGAUGGCUCCAGAAGUCACGACUCAGGCAUUCCUCGGCUGAACAAACCCAUCCACAGCCUCAACAAUAACCACAAUAACUAUAAUCAUAACGAUUUGAAUCACAAAAGAUCACUAAUUGGUCGCAAAGAGGAUCUCAAGAGUGCCGACAAUCGUCCCAAUCAUAACAAAAGUAUGAAUCAAACGAUGGAUUCAUUUGACGAAAAAGAUUGUCCGACAAGUGUUGACACGAAUCGCAUGAAAACGACGACUUCUUUAUGCAAAUCUCAAAGUCUUAACGAAAUUCAGUACCAAAACAGUGAAUAUCUGUCGAAAGUGAGCGCAUUGUCCAACGGAUGUGAUUCUCAAAAAGCCUUCAGUUUUGAACAGUUGGACGAAGAGUUGGCGAAUUUGAAGACAUAUUCAUCGGAUAUAACCAAAGAUAAGAUGAACUCAGAUCUCAAUCUCAUGUCGAUGUCUAUCGAAGAGAGCAGUACCGCAUCGUUAGGUCUUUUGCCUCACAUAUUGUCUUCGAUGUCACCGUUGGAUACGUUUAACCAAAACAUUCCGUUUGUUUCGAUUGAAUCGGAUUUUGUGAACGAAAAUCAUAUUAAACUUAAAAACGACACCAAUUUGGGGGUCAAAGAGGAUGACGACGACUCCGAGAAUGGCAUUCCUGUCAUCCAAGAGGACGAGUCAGACCCCGACACCACCAUUACUAACGCCAGUGAACCGCCACUCACUUCAGUUGUGGCCAUCAAUGAGACAAAUGACUCAAACAAUAGCUCAGACAAUACGAUGGAAGGCAUCUGUUGUGGUGUCGGCCCAGAAGUGGCUCAAGAGUCGGGAUCUCGUGAUUCGGAUAACUGUAUGACUUUAAAGUCAAAUACAGAUAACGAGAGUAUGAGUACUGAAAGUAUUGGCGAUAACUUAAUUCGACCCAAUUCUCUGCAAACAAGAGACUCGAAGCCAAUGAUAGCGUCAGAGAAGAUACAAAGAGCGGCCUCGCCCUCAGCCAAAGCGCCCGUUCGCAAGAAGUUUAAGACCCCCGGCCGUUGGGACGCCGUUAUGACUAAAAUAGAAAAGUCUAAGACUUGUAACGCUAACAAUACUAACAAUAAUAAUACGCUUAUCAAAGGCAAGAUCAGUGCAAACAUUCAUCGAAACGCUGCUACAAACGGGUCUUUGCCUCAAAUUAGUCCAUCAGAUGAGUUAUCUGUUGCCGACGAUAACCAUUCUAGUCAUUUGAGCCCUUCGUGUCCAUCUGUCAAAUCAACCACUACUUCAUCGACAGCUAAGAAGAUUGUUGUCAAUGCAAGCGCUGCUAAAGUGAAUAUUCCAAAGAGUAAAACCUUUGUACGUGAUUCCAAUGGCAAUCAGAGCACCGGAAACACACGGAGUCAACAACCAGUUGCCACACCAAAGUCGUCAAUAGCUGCGACACCCGUCACACCACAACAACCGCCGACGACUCUGCUGUGCACUGAAAAGAGUGGAUCGCAGCAAACCAUCAGAAGAGACAGAGUUCUGCACGUUUGA